GGGGCAGGAUGAGACUCCAAACUGCCUCCGUCACUCCGAGAGAAGAAAAAAUCCUCCGCGCUUCGGCUCUGGUUUGGACCUGGAUUUAAUCAGAUCAGUGCGUAAAACCCUAAACCCGUCCACACACAGGGAUGAUGAAGUGAGUUCGGGUUGUGUUCCAAUCGGAGACACGGGUUAAACCUGUGAGAAAGAAGUUUGAAGCUCAUCAGUGGAGGCUGUGGGUCAUGGAGCGGCUCGGUGCGCGUGUCUCCCCGCGCGCUUCUCUGCGGGACUGAUCUCAGGACGCGGGACUUACAGCCGGGGUUCAGGCUCUUCAGCGGGGUGUUGAGGGGAUUUACAGGAUGGCUGGAGUUAGACUGGUUCUUCUGAUGGUGUGUGUGUGUGUGUGUGGAGCCUCGUGGGGCGGACAGCAGCGCUACAGCCUGUACGCAGGGAGCAGGGAGCAGGGACACACCGGGGACGGAGCCCGAGCCGCCAGCAGGCACAGGAACUGGUGUGCGUAUGUGGUGAAGAAGACAGUGAGCUGUGUGGUGGAGGAUGGAGUGGAGACGUACGUGAAGCCUGAUUAUCAGCCAUGUUCCUGGGGAGUGCAGUGUGCUCGCGUCUUAAUGUAUCGGACGUAUCUGAGGCCCAGAUAUAAGGUAGCGUACAAACUGAUCACUGAGAUGGAGUGGAAGUGUUGCCAUGGAUACAGCGGAGAGGACUGUAACACACAUAAUGGCGGCGAGAACGGAGGAUCUGUCACUCAGAUUUCCACAGCGAGACCGUGGACUAAACCCUCGAACCCGGGACACACAGGACACGGACAGAACGGAGGGAGCGGGAGAGGCGACAGCGACAAGAUGAAACAGAUGGAGGACAAAAUCCAACGUUUGACUAAAGACGUUCAUGAUUUGCAAUCGACGUUACGCACCAUGAACGAAAAGUUUCAGGAGGAGACAAAAAAUCCCGGAUCGAGCGGUGGGAACACGCCGGCGGACGCGGCUCAGCCUGAAAUGAAGGAAACGAUUCACAACAUCCAGACCAAACUGGACCAGCUGGACAAUCGGACUCAGGCUCACGAUAGAACUCUCGAUAGCAUCAAUAACCACCUGGUUAACGGAAGAGGCGGGAAUGAUCUGGACGGCCAUGAUGGAGACAGAUUCAACAUCUUGAAGGAGGAAAUCCUGCGCGAGUUGGAACGCCGGGUUUCUCUGUCCUGCACUGCUUGCCAAGCCGGUGUAGAAGACCUGCGGAGAGAGCAGCAGAGGGACAGAGAGAGGAUCUCAGCUUUGGAAAAGAAGAUUAACGACAUGGAACAGCGGAACCGCCUGGUUCUGGAAGGACUGCGUCGGGAUCUGAGUCGAUCUCAAACCUGCUGCGAUAAAAUCCGGGAUCUUGAGACGAAUUUCAGGGAUGUGGAUAAGAAGAUCACGUCGACAUCCGAGACUUGUACCAGCCUCGAGGAUCGUUUGGAGAAAGUGCUUCAAGGAAUAGGAGGUGGUGGAGGCGUCGGAGGAGCCGGAGAAAAUGGAGGAGGACAGAGAAGAUUGGAGGAAACACUGGAAGACUGGGAAAGACGGAUUAACAGCACACUGCAGAGGACGGAAGAAAACUGCGCUUACAUGGACAACGAUUUGAAGGAUUUGUUCCAAAAAGGCCUCAUAGACCUACGCAAUGAGUUCAACGCUCACCUCGAUGUUCAAGACAACAGAAACACAGAUCUAGAUGUGGACAUCAGGUUCAUGAAAGAAACCUUGUUUGAACAGGACAAGCGCUUGUCUCGGCUGGAGAAUGCCACGUCUCAUAUGGAUCGGAGAAUAAACGAAUGCUCUUCGUGCUCUGGUUCUAGAAGACCCCCAGGAGGAAGUGGAAUGAGACCCACUGAUGAUACGGAUACAGUCAAAUCCUUGGAAUGGAGGGUUGUCGCCAACGAGGAUGAGAUCACGAGAUUUGACACGAGGCUCAAAGAUCUUUCUGUUUCCGGCGACUCUCUACUGGAUAAAGUGAUCGAUCUUAGCCAUGACGUACGCAAAAUCAAAGAGGUGACCGGCGACAACGGUGAACAUUUUACUCGUAUCAUUCAUGAAAUUGAGAACUGCCAGUCAGACCUUUGUAAGACGGUGCAAGAUGACCUGAGGAAGCUCAAGAACAUCACGAACCAUGCCAUGGACAAGUGGCAAACAGAUGUGAACUACAUAAAGGGCAAGGUGGAUUCGGGUUGCUCGGACGGGUGCAGCACCCUGCAAGAGGAAGUGAAUAAACUUAAAGAGGAUGUGCAUAAAUGCAAGAUCUGUUUGGAGACUCCAGCAGGACCAGGAACAGAACCAGGAGACCUGGACGGUCCUCAGAAACCCCUCGAUGGCCACAGUGUGAUCAGCAACAACGCUAACCUCGGAUCGAUCCAGGGCGAGUUAUCAGGAGUCAUUUUAACCUUCAGCUCCAUCAACGACACUCUGAAAGGUUUGGAGCACAGCACCCGGAAACACGACAGCGUUAUCACCGAUCUGGGAAACACGAAGGACAAGAUCAUCUCAGAGCUGGAUAAGAUCCAGCAGGAAGUGACGGAGCACAUCGAGGACAGUAAGAUGCGCUUCGACAACAUCGAACGCGACCUCAAGCGUUACUUUGUGGAGAGAACAGGCAACGGCCUCGACAAGAGGAUCACCAAACUGGAAGGGGUUUGUGGUCGACUCGAUUCUGUAUCUGAGAACUUGCAGAAAAUCAAAGAGGGACUCAACAAGCACGUGACCGGCCUGUGGAGCUGUGUAAACGGGCUCAACACGACCGUGAUCCACCACAGCAGCUUCAUCGACACCAUGGAGACCACACAUCUGGACAACAUCCACGGAAAGAUCAAGCAGCUCAACUCCUCAAUACUGCAUCUUCUCAAGGAGUUCAGGAGCCUGAUGGAACACGACUUCACAGGUCUGCCUGGACCCCCGGGUCCUCAGGGAGAGACAGGUGAAAGAGGAUUUCCAGGACAUCCAGGACUACCUGGACCACAAGGACCACCCGGUAAACCGGGUGUGGAAGGACCAAGAGGACCACCAGGUCUCAGUGGAGAACGAGGUUUCCCAGGCGUUGAUGCUAACGUUCCUAAGGUCUCGUUCUCGGCCGCGCUCACCAAGCAAAUGACUUCGUCCGGAACCAUAGUGUUUGAUAAAAUCUUCGUGAAUAAAGGAAACUUUUACGAUCCACAAACAGGAAUCUUCAAGGCUCCUCGGGAUGGUCAUUACUUCUUCAGCGCCGUUCUGACGGGCCACAAGAACGAGAAGAUCGAAGCGGUUCUGUCCAAGUCGAAUUACGGUAUUGCGCGCGUGGACUCGGCCGGGUAUCAGCCCGAGGGCCUGGAGAACAAGCCGGUGGCGGAGACGAAGCCGACGCCCGGAUCUCUGGCCGUCUUCAACAUCAUCCUUCCGCUGCAGUCGGACGACACCGUGUGUGUGGACCUGGUGAUGGGGAAACUGGCGCACUCGGUCGAACCUCUCACCAUGUUCAGCGGCGCUCUGCUCUACGAGGAUUACUCAUAACCCUGAGAUUUAACAACGACGGGGCCGAACCUCGACCUCACGAGUCGCACCGUGGACACGCUCACACACCUUUCUGUGAUUCUGUUCUUGUGUGAACUCCUGAAUUCAGAAGAGGAUUUAAUUCAAUCGAUUAUAUUUACUCCUUCCUUUUGACCUUUGGAGGCGUGUUUUUUUUUUUUUUUUUACAGGAACUACUGUUUUUUUUUUCUUUUAAUUAUUAUUGAUAAGAAAAUGAUUUCAGAUUUUAUAUAAAUCACAGUGUUAUGAAUCGUUUAUCACCAGAGUUUCACUUCCAGUGUAAAAGUAGCAUAAGGCUCGCUACAGGGCAUGUGCGAUAUCUCUAAUAAUUUCCCCUCACAGUAGUUAAUAAUUAGCGUUAGGUUUAUCAUAAUAUCGUAUCUUCUUGUCGCUGAUCAGCUUUUUGAGCGUGGAUAAAUUUCUGAGCGGUGCCUUGUUUGGGAUUCACCAGGAAAAAAACUUCUUUUGCUAGCUAGCAUGUAGCCGUGAAGACUUUUAGUCAUUUAUACACACUUUAUAAAGACACAGUGAGAGUGGAAAUGAGACAGAAUUAUCCAGAACAUCAACAUUUACCUCAGAUGUGUUGGAAAAUUACUAAAAGAAAGACUCCAUAAGGCUAAAAUGAUGCUGUAUUUACAAUUAGCAUUGACCGCUAACUCAACUUCUAUGUUUUCCACCAUAGUGAGAAAAUCAGCUCCCAGAGAGUUAACAUUUUCAAAAAAAAAAAAGGUGUUAAAAAACACAAAAUGUGGAACAAAUUAUGGAGCAUUAGCGUUCUUAUAGCAAAGAACAAGUUAACUAGCAUAGCUAACACUAGCUAGCAAGUCCCACGUGUUAGCCUGUAAACGUCCCACCUGUAGCCAUGAAAACGGCUUUUGUCGAUUUACAAACACAGAUCUGACUGUUAAUCAGAAUAUGAAAGAAACUAUUCACUGUGAGUUAGCAGUUAGCGCACGGUAGCAUGUUUAUAUGUUCCUCAGUUAGAGAGACAGUUCUGUCAGCCAUGUUUUUAACCUAUAUUGUGGUGAACAGAAUUAUGGGGGGAAUAAUGUCUGAAAUGAGAACAUUUAGAAGACUGUUGUGUUUAUGCUACAACAUAAUCAUGUUAAAUAUAUUGUAUACCUGAUUAGCUGCACAUGCCUAGCACUCACGUGAUAAAGUGUGUGUGUGUAUGUGUGCGUGAGUGCGUGUGUGUGUGUGUGUGCAUUUUGCUUUUGCAAAACACAAUACUUGCAUUGUGACUGUUAGUAAUUAAUUCUGCGCAUCUUCCAGUCUUUCCGCUGAGCCACAGUGAAACCUACUCACGUCUCUCUUACACCAUUUUGUAAAAAAAAAAAAAAAAAAAAAAAAAAAAUUAUGUUGGCUGGUAACGAUGGAAACCAUCAUCAUCAAUUAACAUUAAAGAAAAAAGAAAACUCGCAAUAUAAAGAUAAUAUAACACGUAAAGUGUCACACAAAGAUCUGUCAAAGAAUUAAAAAUGAGGCUUUAAUAAAAACAAAGAAAUACAAUUUCAGCGUAAAUGCAAAAAAAAGGCAAAUGUUUACAGAUGACAAUAAAUAAAUAAAUAAAUAAAUAAAUAAAUAAAGGGCUUAUAAUUUAAAUUAGUUUCACUUCAUCUAACAGAAUCAACAUUAAAGCACCUAUAAGUGACAUUAGCAUUAGCAUUCUGCUAUUAUCCCUCAAUGCAGCUUUGAAAAAAUGCCUACAAAAAAACAACUAUGACUACGACUUUAAAGAGUCGAUAAAGGAUAUUAGCAUUAGCAUUAAGAGAACAUUCUCUUAACUCCAGGUCUGUUAAUGUGGAAAAUACAAAUAGAUUCAAACUGACAUACACAAUACAUACAAAACAAAUCAACUACAACUUUAAAGAGACAAAGAAUAUGAUGCAUAUGAAGCCAAACGAUGACAACUUUAAAGGGCUGAUGAUUUAAUCAACUUUAAAACAUCGAGAUUCUCCCAUCAUGCAUUUCAACUUUAAAGAGCCUAUAACGAGAAUUAGCUUUAGCACUAGAAUUAGCAUCUUUGUAUGACCGGGUUUGCUAAUGAGACACAGAGAAAGUGCUUAAAGCUGAAAGUCAAAGAAAUUACAGCACAGGUUUAAAGUGCUUAUAAAGAGAUUUAGCAUCAAGGACAAAUAGAACAGUGUUUUAGUUUUUGUUUGUCUUUUUUGUUUGUUUUAAUGAAAUAUGCCAAAGCGAUGUCCGACUUCAUCACCAACUGUUUGUAAACUGAAACUCGGAUCUGAAAGAUUAGAUUUUUACUAACCCUCGCCGUGUGAAGGAGCGGUACGUCAUGCUGCUCCCGCUGUUUUGCAUUACCAGCUGUUAUUAUUAUUAUUAUUAUUAUUAUUAUUAUUAUUAUUAUUAUUAUUAUUAUUAUUUUGACUAUUUCCCUCAGAAAACAUGUUCACUUUGUAAACUGCGGUCGAAUAGCUGAAACACACGUGGCGUGUGACGUGGCUCCUCACGGUUUAUCCUGUGACUCUGAAUGUGUUUGUUGGCAGCACAUGUGUUAAAUAAAGAUAUUUAAUUUUACACA